GACGUGACGUGCGGGGUGAUGAGGUCACGAUUGAAGCUAGGGGCGCGAGGGUAAAUUGCAGGGGAGCAGUUGAGGAAAGAUCGGAGGAACCUCAUGAAACAGAAGAGCUAAAUUAUCAGCGACAUCUGAAGCAACUGGCCAUGACUAAUCUGAGCUUAUAACCUGCAUGAAUCUGAAAAGACAGACUUUAACCAGAUAAAUGUGGCUAUGGACGCGGAGAACCAAACCGCGUUCACAUCCAGCUGUCCAUCCCAGAACAGCAGCAGCUCCUCCACCCCUGAUGUGUUACCCCCAGAUAUGCAUGCUGACAGCCUGACCCGCCACGGCACUAUCAUCCCCAAUCGCAUUUUUGUUGGGGGCAUUGACUACAAGGUUAAUGAGAGCGACCUGCAACAUUUCUUCUCUCAACAUGGAGCGGUGAAAGAGGUGAAGAUUGUUAUAGAUCGUUCAGGAAUGUCAAAAGGAUAUGGGUUUGUUACAUUUGAGAAUGAAGAAGAUGCACUGAAAGUCCUUCAUGAUGCUAAUGGGAUCUGUUUCAAAGACAAGAAGCUCAGCAUUGGACAGGCUGUCCGCAAGCAGCAAGUUUCAGCACAGAUUAAAAGUGUCCCUGUGGCCAGCCCUGACUCUGCCAUGCCUCUGCCAGCGCCCUGUGGCACCCUCUACCUGACAUCCACAGGCUAUCCCUACACCUACCACAAUGGAGUGGCCUACUUCCACUGCCCCAACAUGAACCCUCCUGCCCAACACUGGCCUUCUGGUCCUGCAGUGGCACUCCCUCAGUCUUCUCAGCCUGUCUACCAGCAACCAGCCUAUCACCACCACCAGUGUGUCCCAAACCAGUAUCAGUGGACUGUUGUUCAGUCACCGAUGCCCUCCAGUCCAGCUGUGUGCUCCCAACAGUCAGAGUAUCUGUAUCAGCCCAGUGAUGGAGGCUCUGCCCUGCCUCCUCUGCCUGUCAUGGAGGACACCACACCAGAGUAUUUAGAGCCCACGAUGCAGCAGGUUUACCCAGUGUAUCCUCAGAGAACAGAGGGAAUGGCGCCCAUUGUUCUGCCACACAACCCAGGAAAGAAUCUGAUGUUUCCACACUCACGGGUCCACCUGAAGCCAAAGUACCACUGAUACAUCCACCACAAGGACUACCACUACCUGCCAGAAGCAACAGAGCUGCCAGACGCCUCCAUGCUUCACGCCGCCCCACCUCUCAUGUAGGCUAAACCCUCCGACAGCCUCACAAGGCACAGAGCACCACAGCCUCUCACAUCACGUCCUCUUCCUUCUCUGAUGAUUUAACACAUAUAGAAUCUAUCAGCUGUUUAAACCGUGCCUUACAACAUAAUGCAUUAUGUUUAAUGAGGUGAUUUCAUAGCCUCCUUGUUGAGAUGAUUGUUUUGUCUGUUUCCAACAACUCUCCACAGUCAAGGUAAGCUCUCACCGUGCAGGCCUCACUACAUCUGUUUCUGCACUGAUGGUUUAAUUCAGUUGAUGUUACAGCAUAUACAGAGAGUAUUUUUUAGUAAAUUAAACAUUUUGUUGCAAUAACACAAUAACUUGGUGACAAACAAUAAGUUUCCCAAAAUCCUGAUUUAAAGGUUUCCUAUUAUUGAAGCAAUGAAUGUCUAAGUUCUUCAGAUUCAGAUUAAAGUAGUCAGGAGACGCCUGUAGUGUCAAUAACAUCAAUAACCUGUCCUGGAAUCUCUUUGCUUUCCCACAGCAAAACUUCUUGAAUUAUUCAGUUAAAAAAAAAGAAGAAAAAACUAAUUAGAUGCAAACCUUUGCCAAUUUACAAUAUUGAAAACAAAGUCAGUGUGAACAGUUACUUUAUUUUAAAAGCUGAUCAUUUCUAUAUUUUAUAAAACAUAACCUAAAACUUAAGAUCAUCUUUUCCAAUUUAAUUUGAACCUAACUUUUGUUGUAAACAGCACUUUUUUAUGUUUUGUCUUUUUCAUAGCGUUGUUGUGACAGCAGAAUUCUCCUAGCUACAUAAACACAAGCACCUGAUGUGGCUGAGAAUAACUAAAAUCUUUUUUUUUAUUUACCGUGUCAGUUCUCUCUUCUCUCUUACUGUACAAAGGAGCUGUACAUGCUCUGGAUCAGUGAUUUAGUGUAGCUGCUGUUUGAGGCUCACUGAGUCUGUAUUAAGAUGCUAUGAAUGAACCUCUGCUCGGCUUUAUGAUGUACUGUUGAAACAGUACAGUCUGCCACAUGUGUGAGCAGUUUUGUAUGUCAGGAAUCAUAAUUAUUAAUCAUAUGAACGUUUGCAUAAGACAAAACAUGAGGAGCAUUCAACAAAUUUGAGCAGAAAAUAUCUGAGUGUAGUAAAGUGAUUGGAAAAUACUUAUAGUACUGUAGUGCUCCAUGUCAUUUGUCAGUGUAAAUUAGUUGGCCAGUUACUUUUAAAGUGUUAAAAAAGCUCACGUUCUAGAUUCUCAUGUUGUUGAGUUCAAAUGGGCUGUUUCCAAAUGUUAAACAAGCCCACCUUUAAAUUAGAUACCAUAUAGAAUAUAACCGACAGAUAUCUUUUUUUACUGCAUAUUAUUCUCCCUGCAUAUUUUAUUACAAAUGUACUCACUCCCAACAGUCAAAUUCCCCGUCAUAUUUGUUUAUUUAGGGUUAUUUGUGCUUAUAUGUCAGGUAAAAUGUACCUAAAAGUCUUUUAACAUCUGCUGAAAAUACACUUAAAAUUUUCAUUGGGCUUUUAUACAUUACUGUUUGUCUUUUUGAAUUUUCAACUUCAUAUAUUUUGUCCAGCUAUUGAAAGCAGAGGGCUUAUUGUACAGCCAAAAAAAAGUAUUUUUGUGAUUUGGUUACACUUUGUUAAAGACAUAGACAGUGAGAUAAACAGUGUAUGUGCAGUACUUAUUUAACUCUGUAAUACUGAAUAUCAUUCCAGCAAUCACUUGCUUUAACAGCAUUAUUGUUAGUUCAGCGUGUUUCCAGUUAUUGAAUGGAAAUAAAUGUUUCCUUUGGUGU